ACAAAGCGAGACAGUGAACCUGGUCUGGAGUAGACUUGUUAAUUCGCUUAAUUUACCAUGGUAGCUCAGCAGGGAUUCAUUUAAGACACGUUGAUGAAACGGAACUCCCAAUUAAAUAAGCUUGACUUGUCGAAAUAAGUCAGAGUUUCCCUUAAUCCUGCUUCGUGUAACACCCCCCUGGCCACAUUAUUAAUUAAAUCCCCAAAACACGUGUCCCAUACCUGAGGUUUCGCAUUAUUGCCGGAAGGUGUCGCUGUCGCCGGCUCCCACCACUUGGGUUUCUCCUCCAUUUACCAUAGGUAGGGGUUGAUUAAAGUGAGGAUCAGGGCUUGAAUGACUUGUGAGCGCGGCGGAGCCAUGGCGGACACGAUGGGUGGAGAGGACCGUAGCGUCGAUCGUGGCCUGGACGAUGAAGAAGAGCUGGCAGAUGAUGAAGGCAGAGAUGCAGAGAUGCCGAACAUCAGCUUUGACCCCAGUCUGCCCAUGUCCCAUGCGUACCUGGGUAUGGACAUGGAGGAGUUCCACGGGAGCACAGUGCACAACGAGGGUAGCUGUCUAACCAUUCCGGUGCUGCCGCGGGCCGUGUUGAUGCUGAUCCCAGGUCAGACCCUGCCCCUGCAGCUCUUCCGGCCGCUUGAGAUCAGCAUGAUGCGUGCCCUGAUCCAGCAGGACCGCACCUUUGCAGUGCGGGCGUACAGUGAGGCGGGUGAGCACUGGGCCGACUUUGGCACGACAGCGGAAAUCUACGCCUACCGAGACGAGCGGAGAUUAGGCAUGGAGACUGUCAAGGUGAAGGCUGUGGGCCGGCAGAGGUUCAAGGUGAUUGAAGUUCAGACCCAAGAAGACGGCAUCCAGCAGGCUAAGGUCCAGAUCCUCCCUGAGUAUUUCCUUCCGGACCCCCUGAGUCUGCCUCAGUUGUCGCCCUGUAUCCAGCUCUGCAUUCCGACCACCUCCAAACUCCCAGUCACACAUGGUCAGCGAUCGUGGGACCGGAAGAGGAAGUUCUUCUCUGCCGGUGUGAUGCCCUUCCCUGCCUGGGUGUACACGCUCUACGACGCUGAGGUUCUGAUGGACAGACUGAGAAGGCGGCUGCAUGAAUGGGAUGUGAGCCUCAAGGAUGAUUCCCUCCUCAUGAAUGCUACAGAUUUAUCCUACAGAGUAGCUGCAUGUCUGCCGAUUGACGACAGCCUUCGCAUCCAGCUGCUAAAGAUGGGCAGUGCAGUGCAGAGGUUGCACUGUGAGUUGAACAUUAUGGACCAGUGCUCUUCUCUCUGUUGUAAGCAGUGCCAGAACAUGGAGAUAACGCACAAAAAUGAGAUUUUUAGCUUGUCUCGGUCUGGACCUAUGGCCGCCUACGUCAACCCCUACGGCUAUGUCCACGAGAUCCUGACCGUCUCAAAAGCCAGCAACCUUAAUCUGAUUGGUCAGCCAUCCACCUUUCACUGCUGGUUCCCUGGCUACGCCUGGACUAUCGCGGGAUGUCAGACUUGUGGCUCCCACAUAGGCUGGAAGUUCACGGCCACCGAGAGGGACCUGACCCCCGAACACUUCUGGGGCCUGAGCCGUUCUGCUCUGCUGCCCCGGAUACCUGCAGAAGAAAGCAAGGAGGGUCAACGCGAGACCUCGUCCCAAGCAAUGUGCCUGUGAUCACUAAGCACAUGAAAGAUCCUCAGUGGUCAUCCUAAACAAACACGGUGCAGAAUCACUACAUGUUGUACCUGUAUAACUAUGCAUGUGACAAAGAAUCUUGAAAGAGCUGCCAAAUGUGGGACCUUGCAACACAUAGGUGUUGCCAUAGGUGUCCUACAACAUGCCUGUACAAGUGACUCAGGAUUGAGAUGCUGAGAGUGAAUCCACUUUCUUCACAACUAUCUCAGCCUGCUGACUCGCGGUGUAGUGCAGGGUGCAUUUUGUAUUCGGCAGAAGGCGCUUUACCGUGAAAUCACAGUACCUCCUAACUUCUGCUUGUUUUCUGGUCAUUUUUCUGCACUUGAUGCUAGGACUAGAGUUUGGGGUAGAAAAGCACCUAUGAGUCUCCUUUAUGCCCAUUUUAAAGGGGAAUUAAAUUAAAUGAGAUCUAAAGUUUGCUUUCACCCCAAAGAUUUCCAAUUUAUAUUAGAAGUCCAUGAAGGGUAAAAUAAUGUCUUUCUUUAAUGAACUUUUAGAUUAAUCUUCACUAACAAGUUGAUGCCUUGACUGACUUGGUUGUAAAUACACUGCACAUUUUACAAGUCUUCACAAUAUUAAAGAACAAAAUAUUUUUACAUAUUAAAAGUGUAAUUUUAAGUGUUAUAAGCUUAAGCAUUAAAGACUUUAUUCAUUUUAAUGUAUGAUUCACUGAAUCUCAGCAUACUCUACAAUAUCAUUAUUGUAACAGUGGGCUAUUUUGGGAAGCUAAUUCGAAAAUGUAUGAGCAGCCUAAAUUACCUUUUCGUCACAUCCACAUACGUAUUUCAGACCAGUGAUAAUUCGGUUACAGUAUCAUGCUGCAAUAAUUAAAGCAUUAAACAUACUUUUAAUUCAAAAUGUACACUUUUGUGCAGCAUUUUUGUUCCAAAUUUGCCAUUUUAAAAUCUGUAACUCGUGUCUGUGUCUCUUAUUUUAAUGUGUUACGGUAAUGAUAUUUUUGCAGCAUUGUUUCAGAAAAUGCAUUACACUAUAAUUAACUUGUUCACUUCUGCCACUUUCAGGCCAGUGUUUCGUGCCACGGCUGUCGUGUGACAUUAUUGAUUCAGCCCAAGGGAAGAAGGGAUUUUUAAAUUGUACAGAUUAGGUUAAGUGACAUUGUGUAAAAAGUGGGUGUUUUUGAACAUGGAAAAUAGAUCUUUGGCAUAAAAUUGCUAUUUCCGCAGGGUGAAGGAAAAAAAUCACUGAUCACAGAAGUGCCUGGAUGUUUGUUGUAGGCUGAUGUGAAAGGAGUGGAGUCUGUUACUCACAGAACAGAACCAAAUAAAAUAAGUAUAUUCAGAACUGCAGGCUGCAGGGGUGGCUGAAAUGAAUCCAUACCAGUUGUGGUCACCUGAUUUCUCUGCUGAUUUUGGUUUAAUGAUGUUAACGAGUUCAAAGAUGUAGGUCAUGAGAUUAAGAUACAACAAGCUCAUUUUCAGCUGGCUAGCGGCAUGUGGGGGAGGGGAGGGGGGUCAUACUGAUGUUUUGGGCCACAGGAGCAUUGGUGGUGACCAGCCUGGACCUCACCAUUUGCUUGAAAUGACCAAAGACCUGGACAGAUUGGUGAUGACUUCUUGGUGGGACCUGUGUUGGGAUCAUGGGAAAAAUGUAUGCUGUUGUCCUGUUUUUGAGUUUGCACUAGUCAGGCCUUGUUGAUUCUGUUAUACUGUGUUGUGAAAAGAAAUCAAAAAACAAAGAUUUGCUUCAAUUUUAUUAUUCAAUAAAGUUCUAGUACAUCAUUGUC